CACUGUCUAUUUUUCCCCGGCAGCAUAAAAUGGAACGUGAGUGGAUCUUGAGCGUGCUGGAGGAAGGAAUAAGUGAUGGACACUGCUAUGAAUUGUGUGAAAAACAAGGCAUCUUUCAAACCCUUUUAGGAUUCAGCAGCAGCCCUCUGUGUGAUGAACACUGCCAGGCACAGAUUAUUAGGGUGUUGUGCAAGGCCACCCGUGUGACCAGAGCAGCUUAUAACCUCACCAAGAGCUGUGGGCUCCUAACCUGGAUAAUACAGGUGGUUGAAAAAAGGAAUCUAGACCAGCAGCUGCUAAGUGCCAUCAUAGAUCUACUCCAUGUGCUGUGGUUUACUAAUCUUGGGCAGAAGGAGAAGGAGGUGGAUGGAGCCAAGAACUCCUCAUCUGCAGAGGAGAAAUCUCAGAGCUCAGUCAAGUGUCUCCCACUCCCACUAAUCAGUGAAUUCCUGUCUGUGGCAUUAACUAUCAGCAGACACCUCAGGUUGCAUGUGAAGGCCGCUCAGCUCAGCCUGUUUCUACAGACGCUUUGCUCUGUGCUGAAGCAUCGUGAGACCGCUCUCAAUGUUAACAAGCAGGCUGACUGGCUAACACUCCACCCACAGCCUCUCUCUUGUACUGAAGCCCUCGCUCUGCUUCUCUCCUGGGCCUCACUGUCCCGCGAUACAGCACUCCUUACCCAAUUACAAGCCUUGUCUGAAAAGCACAAAGUCAAGGAAUUGUUGGGGAUGGGGAAGGAUAAGACCCGAGGUAAAGGCUCCUUUUCCAAAGCCCGCACACAAAAAGAGGACAUGGCAGAAGAUGCUGAGACUGAGAAACAAGAAGAGAGUCUCCUGGUAGCGUGUAAAUUUGACCUCAGCGGCAUCUUUGUUCACUGGGAGCCUGUGUUUCCCCUCUCUGAACCCCAGCCGGCUCAGCCAAGAGACAAACUAGAUCCCACUCGAUUGGCCGGUGAUACAGCGCACCUGCUCACCAAGUGGUCCCUGAGGUGCAUGUUGGAGGACUUGUAUGAUGAAAACAGAACAAAAGAAUUCUUGCACUGGGUUGAAAAGGCUGUGAUAAAACACAGGGAAAUUGUGGAUGUUGUGUUACUAGAUCCUGGCUGGAAAGCAGACCUUCUUCGACUUUACCAUCAGGCCUUUGAAGCUCAGUGUCACUCCAGCAUUUCAGCAAGAAUGGAAACUUUCCAGCUCUUUACCAAAAUUAUGGUAAACUUAUUAGAGACCCAAGACUGCCUUCCAGUGCUGCAUCAGGCAGUCAUCUCUGCCUGCCUGCUAGAAGCCACACAUGAUCAGUCUCGCCGUGAAGCAGGGCUAUUGCUGUUGUCGCUGUACAUCCAUGAGUUGUGGAGUGGAGCCACAUCAGCAGAGCUGUUCCUGUCUCAUGUGAGUUUGGUGACCAGAGCCAGGUGUAAGAGACAGAAAGCAUCCAAAUCAUCACUGACUCAAACAGCCAUCAGAGCCAUCUGUAAUGACAUCAUCACCAUGAAGAAUUAGAUAUGACAUCUGAACACUACUAUGUUCUUUGAAGUAGACUUAAUAACAAGAAAGCUUGUAUUAUUUCAUUUUACUGAAGAUAUUUUAUAAAAUUCUGUUAUAAAAUGUUGAUUUACAGAUCUGUUACAAAUUUGUGAAUGUUUUUUUUUUUUAACAUUUGGUUCCUGCAUUACCUCACUUCAAAACUGUAAUUGUAUGCUAAAUUUAAAGAAGGUGUUGUAGAC